UUCUGCUUCAUAAGAACAUGAAUGUGUGCAGGCUGACAUCAGCACUUAAAUUCUAAACAUGACGGAGUCACAAACGUGACGUUCACAGCGUGCAGGUGUUUUCGUGAGCGCGCGGGUACGAGCACGUGCCUGUUGACACCAGACUGAGGCUCAGGUCCCGCGCGCCAGCGGCCGCGCGCCUGCUCUCCUCCGUCUGAGCGCGGGAGCGAGCCUCAGGAUCCAAGGACGGACCGCGGGUUCGCGAGCGUCAGGUCAUUUGGAAGUCCGCGAGCAUCAACCGACACACGGGCCACCGACUGACGGUCAACCUGUGAAACACAAAGUGCAGCAGAAGUGACCGCCGCUCCUGCUGCUCCUGUUGAGCGGAGCGACGCGGUGAGGCGGUGAAUCAACAGGACGAGGCGGCUUCCCUUCAAACUGUCACUGGAAAACAACGUUUAGUCCAUCAGAGAAACCAGGACUGAACCCGGCGUCGGCGGAGGUUUUCUCCGGUUCGCCAUCCGCACCUCGCACCUUUAACCUGAAAGACCCGAGUCACCGACCGAACCGGAGGACAGCACGCUGACUGUACCGGGCAGAGCGGCUGGGGCUACUGGCAGGGAUCACCGUGAUUUAAAUAAAUCUCAGACGGUGAAAUCAACAGGAGACCGACUGGACGACGCACCUCUGUGACGGAAUCCGAGCCGAACCUGCGGCAGAACCGGAACGAGCCGGAACAUGGAGCUCCGUGGCGUGCUGCUGCUCACCGUCCUGCAGUGCUGCUCGGUCGCUCGUGGUGGUUGCGAGCCCCGGCUGGUGAACAUCGGCGCUGUGCUGAGCCAGAAACGCUACGAGCAGGUGUUCAAAGAGGCGGUGAGCCAGGCCAACACUCUCUACGGAAAAGACAAGUUCAAGAUGAACGCCAUCUCUGUCACACACAAACCCAACGCCAUCCAGAUGGCGCUGUCCGUGUGUGAAGACCUCAUCUCCAACCAGGUGUAUGCGAUCCUGGUCAGUCACCCUCCUCAGUCCAACGACCACCUGACUCCGACGCCCGUCUCCUACACCGCAGGCUUCUACCGGAUCCCCGUGGUCGGCCUGACCACACGAAUGUCCAUCUAUUCUGACAAGAGCAUCCACCUGUCCUUCCUGAGGACGGUGCCUCCGUACUCCCACCAGGCUCACGUCUGGUUCGACCUCAUGCGAGAGUUUAGGUGGAACCACAUCAUCCUGAUCGUGAGUGACGACCACGAAGGACGAGCUGCUCAGAAGAGACUGGAGACGCUGCUGGAGGAGCGAGAGACCAAGACUAAAAACAGGAACUAUGAAAACCUCGACCAACAGAACUUUGACUUCAGGAGAACACCCAAGGCGGAGAAGGUGCUGCUGUUCAGCCAGGACACCAACCUGACGUCUCUGCUGCUGGAGGCCAAGGACCUGGAGGCCCGAGUCAUCAUCCUCUCCGCCAGUGAGGACGAAGCUGCAGCUGUGUACAAAGCAGCCCGUCAGCUCAACAUGACGGGCUCCGGAUACGUCUGGCUGGUCGGGGAGAGAGAGAUGACCGGUAAAGCUCUGAGUGAAGCUCCAGAUGGCCUGCUGGGCCUCCAGCUGAUUAACGGUAAAAAUGAGUCGGCGCACAUUGCGGACGCCGUCGCAGUGGUGGCUCAGUCCCUGCAGGAGCUUUUUGAGAAGGAGAACAUCACAGAGCCUCCGCGGGGCUGCGUGGGAAACACCAACAUCUGGAGGACAGGACCACUCUUCAAACGGGUGCUGAUGUCAUCAAAGUACCCUGACGGUCUGACGGGACGGAUUGAGUUUAACGACGACGGCGACCGACGCUUCGCCACCUACAGCAUCCUGAACUACCAACAGAAACCAGGUCGUCUCGUCCAGGUUGGGGUUUUCAAUGGAUCACAGGUUGUGAUGAACCCUCAGAGGAAGAUCAUCUGGCCUGGAGGAGAGACAGAGAAACCAGUUGGAUACCAGAUGUCGACUAAACUGAAGAUUGUGACGAUCCAUCAGGAGCCGUUUGUUUACGUGAAGCCAACAAAGGCUGACGGGACCUGCAAAGAAGAGUACACCGUCAACGGAGUCUUAAUCAAGAAGGUGAUCUGCACUGGACCCAACGGGACCAUCCCAGGUCAGCCCAUCGUCCCUCAGUGCUGCUAUGGGUUCUGCAUUGACCUGCUCAUCAAGCUGGCGAUGAGCAUGAACUUCACCUACGAGGUUCACCUGGUGGCUGAUGGGAAAUUUGGCACGCAGGAGCGAGUAAACAACAGCAAUAAGAAGGAGUGGAACGGGAUGAUGGGGGAGCUGCUGGGAGGUCUGGCUGACAUGAUCGUCGCACCUCUCACCAUCAACAAUGAGCGUGCUCAGUACAUCGAGUUCUCCAAACCCUUCAAAUACCAGGGGCUCACCAUCCUCGUCAAGAAGGAAAUCCCUCGCAGCACUCUGGACUCGUUCAUGCAGCCGUUCCAGAGCACACUGUGGCUGUUAGUUGGUCUGUCGGUCCACGUGGUGGCAGUGAUGCUUUACCUAUUAGACCGGUUCAGCCCGUUUGGAAGGUUUAAAGUGAACAGUGAGGAAGAAGAAGAAGAUGCCCUCACCCUGUCCUCCGCCAUGUGGUUCUCAUGGGGAGUACUGCUGAACUCUGGGAUAGGAGAAGGAGCUCCCAGGAGUUUCUCAGCCAGGAUUCUGGGUAUGGUUUGGGCAGGUUUUGCUAUGAUCAUCGUAGCAUCAUAUACUGCCAACCUGGCAGCCUUCCUUGUGUUGGACCGGCCUGAGGAGCGCAUCACUGGCAUCAAUGACCCCAGGCUUCGUAAUCCAUCAGAUAAGUUCAUCUAUGCCACAGUGAAGCAGAGUUCGGUGGACAUCUACUUUAGACGGCAGGUGGAGCUGAGCACCAUGUACCGGCACAUGGAGAAACACAACUACGAGAGUGCUGCUGAGGCCAUCCAGGCCGUCAGAGACAACAAGCUUCAUGCCUUUAUAUGGGACAGCGCUGUGUUGGAGUUUGAGGCAUCGCAGAAGUGCGAUCUAGUGACGACGGGAGAGCUUUUCUUCCGUUCCGGGUUUGGGAUUGGAAUGCGGAAAGACAGUCCAUGGAAACAGAACGUGUCUCUGGCUAUUCUCAGCUCUCAUGAGAAUGGUUUCAUGGAAGACCUGGACAAGACUUGGGUUCGAUAUCAGGAGUGCGACUCCAGGAGCAACGCCCCUGCUACGCUUACCUUUGAGAACAUGGCAGGUGUGUUCAUGCUGGUUGCUGGUGGCAUCGUUGCUGGGAUCUUCCUCAUCUUUAUAGAGAUCGCCUACAAACGACACAAAGACGCUCGAAGGAAACAGAUGCAACUCGCCUUCGCUGCUGUGAACGUCUGGAGGAAGAACCUGCAGCCUGUGGUUCAGAACCCGACACUGAGGCAUGAUGGGAACACCGACACGACGUGUUUUUCCAGACCGCUUGUGGAGUUGUGUAUGUGUGUGUCCACGGGGACUCGUCCACAAACCUCCUGUUCACUCCGUCUGUUGCUUCCUGUCAGCACUGCAAUGCAACACAUGUUAGAGUCAAAGCUGAGCUGCUCUGUACAGAUGGAGACACAGUUCAUUCACUCAGGCUUCUCGUCAGGAAACCUUUGGUCAACGCACCAGUAACGCAGCAGGAUGCAACUCACCAAAAAAUAAUCAACCAAACAAUAAAUAGCAGUUAUGUGAGUCUGCCUCACAAGAAAUCUGACUGGAAGCUUCUUCAUAGUUCAAACACGCAUAAAAAUAAAGCUGGUCCUAAAGCUGUGCUGCUGAAACACACAUUAAUAAUCAUCAUUUCUCUGCCUGGAUUAGCACUUCAAACAAUAACCGCUAAAGGCUAACAGCUAGCAGAGGAUGAUUAGCACUUCAAACAGCUGUGUCUUAAGGCAAAGAGUUGGCCAAGCAGGAUUAGCACAUGAAACACGGCAGAAUCGUGAGAGGAGAUGCUGCUUGGUUUUCAGUAUUGUCAGACAGCCCGGCAGCUCCACAGCUGAGAAACUGGGAAAAACUGGACAAAUUCUGGUGAAUCAGCGUUUCUCACCUGCAGGCCAGCGUUCCUGAUCUUAAUUAUAUUAUUGAUAUUGUUCAUGUGGUCCUGUUCUGCUGGGUCAAAGUCUUCCACUGUUGUGUCGCUGCUGAUGGACUGGAUUGUUCGCUCAGUGUAGAUCAGACACAUGUCUGUGGGCUCUGUCAGCUCCCUGAAAACACACUGUGCCAGUUUGUCCCAGUCUGACGGCCGGUCCGGGGCUCUGAAUGAAACUAUGAUCAGUGUGUUGAGCUGAUGUUGUUUUCCAUUUCAAACUGAAUGUGUUGAAUUCAAACUGGGCUGGGUGUUGUUGAGUAUGAACAUGUUUUCUUUUUACUUUUCUUUUCAUGUUAAGUAUAUCAGUAAGUGUAAGUCUGGGGAUAUUGUGUGUUUUUCUUGUCAUCACCACAGUAUUACCGCAGUAUUGAGUUCCCGCCCCACUCGUCUGAGCCAGUCAGAAGCAGCGCUCAGCUGGCAAUCAUGCUGUUUCAACCCCUUUUUAUUGUAGCAUCAAAUAACUAGUUAAAAACCAAGCUGAUCAGAAAAAUGAACACAAACAUCAGUGUGGUAAGAACUACCUUAAUUGACAGAAACCAUCUUUUGGAAAAUUUUAUUUGACAUGUACUUUGAGUUUUCAGUUUGGCUCAUCUACCAUCUGCUAACAUUGAGGGGGAGGAGCUUAUGAGCUGUACUGCAGCCAGCCACCAGGUGGCGAUCCAGUGCUCUGGAUUGACUGUUGUCCAUCACUUUAUGCAUUUUUUGGGCUGUUUUAUGAUAUGCUGAGUCACCACAGUCAGUGGAUUUAUUGACAGGGUGAAAUAUAUCUGCACCAAACUGCUGAACUCUGAUGAACCGUGUGUUGACAGGAAGGAAAAUACAGAAUAAUGCCAGAUUUACUGCAGUGAAAGUACAAUGAGUGGUUGGUGUACCCAGCUCUGCUCUAAAGUGUUGAUGAUGUCUUUAUAUGAUGUUAGAGGUGAAGCAGCACGUCGUCAUCCACGUGCCCCCAACCGCCCUCACCAGGACAGGUGACAUUAUAGCAACAAAGUGUUGGUAUAAUGAUCUGAUGUGCUCAUACUGCUUCAUUCACUCAUCCACCAUCUUUGUUACCCCCCUUCACCCUCAGGAUGUAUUUCCUUUGCUCUGUGUGAGUCACUUCCUGUUGUCUUCCUGUGUUUGUGCCUCAUGUUGCUGAUUUACCUGCUGCUGUGUGUCUGUGGGCAGUAAAACAGACUGACGUGUUUUACUGAAGCAUCAUGUCUGUGGAGGUAAACACAGC